GACCUCGCAGGAGACAACGCACACACACACUCCAAAAGUAGGAGCCUUUCUCUCUUCUGUUCGCACACUGGCCCAUUGAUAGAGAGCACACACAUACACAUACACACACAUAUAUAUAGAUCCACUUCAUAUCUCCUCCGCAUAGAUCCACACUGCGGCACACGCGCCGUCAGCUACGACGCUUAUAGAACACUUACGAAGUUUUUUUCUGGCUGUUUCACAUACUUACUAUUAUUAUUAUUACUCUGAUAGAACAGUGUCCCAUACAAUACGUUUUUUAUUUCUUUCAACGAUAGUUAAAUUUUACCUUCUUCAUCAUGCCGGCUCGUACUGGACCGACGCGUGCGGCCGCCACCGUUGCAUCGGCGCAGAAGCCGCGUCGUCAAGCCCGUGCCUCAGCAGAAACUCCAUCGACCGAUGCAGUGUACCUUGCUGAGACUCUUCUGGAGGAGGUCCCGCACGUCGGCCGUGAAGCCGAGUACGAAGCAGUGGUCUCUUACGUGGCUCGCCGUUGGUCCCACGAGGCCAACACCGCCCUCUUUGUUUGUGGCGGCUGUGGAUGCGGUAAGACAUCCACGGUGAAGCGGGCGCUGCGGGCCAUGUCGGCUCGUGUCUUGCCCUGCGAUGCGACGGGACGCAGUUUGCUCAAGCACAGCUCUUUGAAGGAACAGGGGUGGAAGCCGAUUGGGCAGGUCGAUCCCAGUGAAUCUGAUAGAAACUCGAAUGCGCGGAGGGCCGAUGCAAUGCAGCAUCAGCUUUCCAAUGGCAUGAGCACCCCGCGCCCAUCACAUCAGCCCAGCAGCGACGCUGCAGGUCUCACGCCAUCCCCCUCCCUGUCCUCCAGACUGUGCGAUAGCGCAUCCUCAGCUGCCACUGUUGACUCUGCUCCGACCACGCCUGCGGCAACACGGCGGCGGUCGCACACGCCCAUAGAGAGUGUCCUUUUCUCCUCAUCGUCCUCCCCCGCCUCGGGACGUCCCAGUGCGUCGAGCGAGGAUUCCACGGCGAGCGCUUUGGCCGCCGCAGGUCCGGUGCGCGGCGCGUACAAGCGCUUCCGCGAAGAAGAGGAACGCAACUAUGCAGUGGCAGAGGGACAAUGUGACGGACCACGUAAACACCGCAAGGAUAACAGCGCCGAAGAGGAGGAGCCAAGCGGCGCCGUGGGCGUGCACAUUCCCCGUCAGGAGCAUCUGCGCCACAGUGGGCGUGCUGCAGUGCUACCGGUGCCGGCGACGGCUGCGCCUUGCAGUAUCGAGUAUUUUCAGGUGCGCUACCCGGAGGUCUUUCGACAGAUUGGCACGUCUUCCUCGACCUCGUCGCCUCGCCGUGGGAUGACCUCGCGCGGCCUCUUUGGGCACUACGUCAAUUGCGCCGAUGUGAGCGGACCGCUUCUGGUGGAGGCGAUCGGUGAGAGCAUUCGGGCGACGUGCACGCGUGGCGACGAAGCGACGCACGCUCUACUGCAGCAGCUAUCUCGCCUCAACGGAAACACGAGUGCCACUGCGGAGCGCCCUAACAGCAGCACUGGUGGCGGAGCAGGCGCACGGACAGGCACGCCAAGCCGCUCGUCCUCAGCAAAGCAGCAGAGCAGAACGGCGCUGCACGUGGUGGCGCUGGACGAGGUGGAGUACGUGCGCGGCGGCGGCGCCAAGACGCUCGCACAGCUUGCGGAGUUAGCCUCUCAGCUGCCGGGUCAGCUCGCCUUCAUCUUCAUCUCCAACCAGCGUGCCUUUGUCCACGUACCGCAAAUGAUGCUGGAGGCGCUCCUCUUUGAGCCGUACAGCGAGGCGCAGCUGCGAUGCAUUGGUGCCGACGCGACCUCCGCGGAGCUGCACAGGUGCGAACAGCUCACCGGUGGCGGUCAGGCCCAUCACACGACCCGCAAAAAGACGAACGCGGCCGCCACUCCAGUUGUGAGCGCGUCUGACGUGGACAUCAAACCGCGCCUGUAUGACUACAUCGCCCGCAAGGCCCUGCUUGAGUACUCAGGUGAUGUGCGGCAGGUGAUUGGGAUGUGCCACCGGGUGGUGUCCGUCGCCUGGGAGGAGGUGAUGGAGCGAAAGGCGGAGGCGAUGCUGGCGGUUGCCGCAGCGAACGAUGCUGCGCCGGCGGGGGAGGAGAAGGCGGCGCCGUCCAGCCGUCGCGCAACACCGAAGAGCCGUAAAAACGCCGUCGCUGCGACGCCCCCGUUGUCGUCGGACCUCCCGGCGAGGUUGGAGGCGGCGGUGGAGACGUACAGCGUCGAGGGCCCUCACCCACGUGGCAGCAGCGGGAGCCGCGGCGCCGGUAGCACCAGUGCCUCAUCGUCUGCACGGAGCUCCGCUGCGUUGCCGUCCACAGCCGGGCCCCAAGACAAACUUUCUUCUUCGACUUCCACCGCAAUCGGUCGUUCGCCGGCUUCUCCCUCUCCCUUCCCUCCAUCGUCUUCGCCGUCAGGCGUCAUGACCUUAGCAAAAAGCGUGCGACUCUUGCAGAGCAAUCAGGUAGAGAGCGACAUCGAUCGCUACGUCGGCACGCUGCCGGAGCAGACCCUCUACGUCUUAAGCUGCAUCGUGGUGCUCACGCUACGGAAGCAGGAGGAGCGCACGUACGCCCUGACAAGCGUCGGCGGCCGCAUCGGGACUAGCCGUACGCCCGGUGCGGGGGUGGCAGCGGCACAUCGCACCGCACCGACGCUGUCACUGAAGAUGCACGAGGUACAUCAGUUAUACACACGACUCAUGGCGGAGCUGCACUUCCCUGCCAUGCGCGCGGACGGCUUCCCGCUGCAGGUGGAGUGCCUCGCUGACUUCGGUGUGCUGACGCGUCCGCAGCUGCGUGGCACCGAUCGGAUUUUCUCCCUGAACGGUACAUGGACGCUCCAGGCGAUGCAGCAGGCUUUGGUGAAGCGGGGGGAGGCAAUUAAGCAGGACCGACUCGCGGCAGGGGCGGGGGCGGUAAUUGAAAACAAGUUUGAAGAGGUGCUUCGUGAGCUGUCGAGGCUGAUUCACUACUAG